CUCUCUCCUCUCCUCUCCUCUCCUCACUGUCGCCAUGGACACCGACGACGAGCCCUCGUCGUCGUCGUCGGCGGCGGCGGCGGCGGAGGCGGAGGCGGAGGCGAUUCGGGCGGAGCCGCCACGGAUACGGCGGCUGGAGGAGGCGGUGGUGAACCGGAUCGCGGCGGGGGAGGUGAUCCAGCGCCCGGCGUCGGCGGUGAAGGAGCUCGUCGAGAACAGCCUCGACGCCGCCGCAUCCUCCGUCUCCGUCGUCGUCAAGGACGGGGGCCUCAAGCUCAUCCAGGUCUCCGACAACGGCCACGGCAUCCGGUACGAAGAUUUGUCUAUAUUAUGUGAAAGACACACAACAUCAAAAUUAUCUGCAUUUGAGGACCUACAAACAAUCAAAUCAAUGGGUUUUAGAGGAGAAGCCUUGGCUAGCAUGACUUACGUUGGCCAUGUCACAGUGACAACAAUAACUGAAGGGCAAUUGCAUGGUUACAGGGUAUCAUAUAGAGAUGGUGUAAUGGAGCAUGAACCGAAGCCAUGUGCUGCAGUUAAAGGAACACAGAUUAUGGUUGGGAGUUUUAGUUGA